CGAGUGCAAGUAUGUCAAGUAAUUGUCAUUUACGUCAACUGUCAAAACAAUUCCGUUUCACAAUUUUGGUAACAAAACAACAUUCAAUUUUUGUUUUUGUGUGUUUUUUAGAACGAUUUAUUUAAGUGAAUAGAUAUUUUUAGAUUAAAUUCAAGAUUAUUCCGUCCCUUUAAUCAAAGAGGAAAGAAGACGCCCAAAAGUUUAUUUACGAUAAUCUUUUGAAUUAGAUUGUGAAAAGUGAAAAGUAUGUCUGCUGCAGUAACUAGCAACGAAGGAGUCCUCCAACAACUAAAUGAACUCUUCGGAACUGCAUUGAACAUAGACGUUAUCAAAUCUGUAGCAGCCUCGUGCAGAUACGACAUCGACGAAUGUUCAAAUAGAUUAAUAGAAUUAACCAGUAGAAAGGAGAAAAUACAACAAAAUGGACCAUUUUCUAGCACCAGUACCAAAAAAACCAAAAAGCAAACCGACAUCGAAGCAGCUAUUAAUCAAAUCAACAAAAACUACAAAGUAUUGGUUAUAUUACGGGGAUUACCAGGAUCUGGUAAGAGCACCUUAGCCUCGAUCAUUCUACAAAACACCAUCGGCUACGAUUCCAACCACGGGUUGCACAUAUUUAGCACAGACGAUUAUUUCUGUCAAAACCCCAGGAGGAUAUUCAUGUACGAUUCGCGCAAAAUCGAGGAAGCCCACAACUGGAACCAACGAAGGGCCUUCAGUUCAAUGAGUAAAGGCUUCAGCCCGGUUAUCAUAGACAACACCAACACUCAGAUGUGGGAAAUGAAGCCCUAUGCAAACAUGGCCACCGAUUUCGGUUAUAUCCUUUGCAUACUCGAACCGGACACCCACUGGUGCUUCAACGACAGGGAAUUGAGCAAGAGAAACACCCACAACGUGCCCAAAGAUAAAAUCCGCACCAUGUCCGAGCGCUACGAGAAGAACAUCACCGCCAGGAAACUCCUGAGCGCUUACAAUCUGGAUUAUAAACUACAAAAGCCGCCUCAAUUGAGAUUAUAUCCCCCGCCUGAUAACGCGCACGCGUUCAAAAAACCCUCAAUCAACGCACAAAUCAACAACGAAGCGCACGCUCGCAAGACUUUCAUCAAAUCCACCAGCACUUCGAUGUUGAGCGAUAAGCUUGCGAUAGACAAUAUCAAUCUGAUGGAUUUCAACGACGAUUCGCAGUCGAUUAAAUCGCAGCCGUUCGGCGCGAGCAAUUCGUUUUCAUCGCAAAAUUCCGUCGAUAAAAUCCUCAUGCACGAUAAUAACUGCGAAUCGAACGUGUUGAAACCGAUCGCUGUCGGUGCGAGCAACAGCAGCGCGGAUUUGUACGAAGACGAGGAUUUGUAUAAAAAAGUCGAGCAAGCUUGGGGUAUCAAAGAGACUUCUCUGAAAGCUUGGACGACGUUUAAUAAUCCCUACGAGAUGCAGAAUUGCACUGAAAUGACGAGUGUUAAGAAAGCUACGAACGAGAGCGGUACGUUAACAGAAACAGAUUAUUUCAAUUUGGGCGCCAGCGAAGUCUCCUCGGGGUUCUACAACGGAUCGAAAGUAUUGGAAUCCUUUAAUCGCGAUAUAAAUUACAGUACACCUCUUAAUCGUAAACCCAACGUCCUACGUAAGUUAACGUUAGACAAGGGCUGCAUGACGGACGACGUUUACGAAGGUUUUGAUGAUCACAUGACCGAACUGAAGAGUCUGUUCCCCAAAAUCCCCUACGAUCAUCUCUCUUACUGGUACAAGAAGUGCAAAGGGGAUUUGGAAUGGACGAUCGAAUUCCUAUUGGAAAGUAACGACGAAGAUGUUGGUUUCAUCGACUCGGAUAGCGAGAAAAACGAUGCGAAAUCCGCCGCGAACGAAGGAUCGGAUAGCGAGAAGGUCGUCAAAAAGAAAAUGAAGAAAUCGAAAACUCCGCCGGCCGAGGAAAAAGAGGAAAUCAAGAAGUUGAUCGAAAGCAAAAUCGACAUAGGCAGCGAGUACUAUUCGAAGCAUUUGCUGAAGAUCAAAAACUGCAAAUUCGGUUCGAUGGAAGCCCAAUCGGCCGUCGAAGAGGCUCAACCCGAAGCCGAAUGGAAGAGCGAGUUUGAGAAAAACGACGAAGUAAUUUCGCUCGAUUCGGACAUCGAUUUCGACGACGAAACCGCCAACGACGACGUAGUAGAAUUGAAUUUGGGCGAUUUCUUCGUCUCGCAAUUGGAAAGCAAAUUCGCCAAUCCGGACAUACCGUGCCCGAAGGGCUUCCAACCGGUCGUACUCAUGCCGGUGGCCCUGGCCAAACAACUGUACAGUUUCUACAUAGAAAGCGUCUACCAGCAAAUGGAGAACCAAAACAACGUGCUGGAAGCGUUCCUGAAAGAGGACGAAGAAUUCGCCUGGAGCUUACAGAGCAAAGAAAUCAUCGGGGAACCGCAACCCGAACCCAAACCGGACCGCAACCCCGUCAGCUUGAAAGAAAUCCAAGACGAUCAGCUGGCCGCCAAGAAGGCCUACGAGAAGGAGAUGAGAAAAUGGAAGAACGUCAAUCCGGAUACGUUGGCUGCGAAGCUGACCAAACAGAAAUUGUUCCAGAUAUUCCCCAAGAUACCGCAGGAUACGCUCGUAGAAGUACUGCAAGCGCACGACAACAAAUACGUGGAUACUGUGGAAACUCUGCUGGCUUCGACCAAAAUGGAAGGCAUGGAGGUGUCUAGUAACGUGGAAAACAUGAAAGAACCGCCGAUCACCAGCGAUGUUUUGGACGAGAUGAAGGAAGCCCAAGUCGAUAAUUCUUGUCGAGAAUUUGAGGAACGUCGGGAGCCGACGUACUACCGAGAGCAGGCCAACAAGUACCUGCACAAACGGGAGAACAUGCGGCAGAAGGCGAUGCAGUACCACCAACGCGGCAUGACGGAGGUGGCGCAAUUUUACUCGGAACUGGCCAGCAUGCAGACGAGUUACUACGAUAGAGCGAACAAUUUGGCAGCCGUGGCGUUUUUGGACGAACAUUCGAAGAGAUUGCAGAAUUUCAAUACGUUGGACUUGCACUUUUUGUACGUGAAAGAGGCCGUGCCGGCGUUGGACGUGUUCUUGGACAGGAACAUCAAUUUGCUGAAGCAGAGCUCGUUGAAGUCCAGCGAGCAUUUGCAGAUUAUAACGGGUAGAGGUAAUCGGAGCAGAGAGGGUAAAUCGAAAAUUAAGCCGGCUGUUAUAGCUCGAUUGACUCAGAGGAAUAUAAAAUACGUUGUUUUGAAUCCGGGCCUAUUGAAAGUAAAAGUUACCAAAAAAUCCUUGGUGACGAGCGAAAUUGCUAUGUCCUAACGCUUGCGUAGGUCGUUUGUAUCACGUUGAAUCGAUUUUUUUUCUAUUUUAUUUUAACUGAAUAUCGUUUAUUCAAUUUUUUUUAUUUUAAAUUUAUGACGAUUUUUAUUUAGUAUUUUUAUUCGGGGAUUUCAUAAGGAUUUUCUAUAAUUCACAAAACUGGUUAUCAAAAGGUUUUGCAAUUCUAGCACGUUUUUAUUUUUGAACAAAGCGAAAGAAAGACCGGUUGAAACAAGUACAAUAAAGUUCAUAUUUUUGAUAUUUGGAUAGAUGUCUAAUUUUUCAUUAGUGUCUUAUUCGGUGUAAGGAAAAUUUCGAACUGUGUUUGAUUUUCUUUAGAGCUAAAUAAGAUAUUUAAUGAAACUUUAAAUCCACAAUCGAUAUAUGUUCAUGAAACAUUUCGCACGAAUUUGAGGGCUUAUUCAAUAUUUCUACGACAGUGGUUUAUUGACCAAAAUGUUGAUGUCUUCGUAAAUAUGCCGGUUGUGGAUAAUUAUUUUUUUAUUUUAUUUAUACGUCCCAUUACACAUUCUACAUGUUGACAUACAGAGCGUUCCACUCACAUUUUAUACAAUCGUUAUUUCUGGAACUAAUUGUAUUUCGAAACUAUUAGAUUUAUCCCAACAGAAAUUCUAACCGAAUUAGUUGGCGUAAAUCUUUAAUAGGAAAUUUAAUCUUUUUUUAUUGGUGUCUAAAAAAGUACAAUUAUUAUUAAGUUACCGUAAUUAUUAACGUAGUAAUUAAGAUUAACCAUUCGUAGUUUGAACCAUUUUCUCAUUACGUUUUUAUUAUGCCAUAUUUUAUAUCUGUUGUAUAUGUUAAGUGUUACAUUUGUAUAAUAAUUGGUAUAAGAAGUUUAAAUAAAUUAUGGGGAAUUAGAUUUUAACGCGUUUUGAUAGUAUGCUGAAAAGUUUACUAAAUAAUUGUUAACAUGAAGAGAUUUUUUUGUGAAAUUGCAACAGAAAAAUGAAACUAAAUUAGUAACAAAUUUGGCAACAUCUACAAUAAAAGAAGACAGCUAUACACAAUUGGUUUUUAUCUGACAAAUUACCAAUAAAGAAAAUAUAUUUUUUUUCAAUAAACUUUUUUUUGAUUUAAUUCCAGCUUAAAGGCGGGACUAGUAGUACUUAUGAACCUACGUAACAUGCAUCUUUCGACUCGCUUAAAACAUUAGAAUUGAUUUGUUUUCUAUCGGCUAUUAUUUGUUAGAACGAGACGGUUUGUAAGGUACAAAGUGAUGAUCUGUGUCGCCCCAAUUCCUAUGGACUUCGAUGUUACAAGAGUUACAAUACAAAUCCCCGUCGCAAUCUAAACACCUAAACUUCGCGUCGUUAUUGCAAAGAACGCACCAAGGUAAUUCUUCGCUUUCUUCUUGCGAAGAUUUCGAAUCGGUUUUUGAAAAACCAGCAGGUAAUCGUUCAUCUAAAGCUACCUCAUCCAUAAUCUAAAAAUAAAUUCAAUUAACAUGGUAAAUAAUUCGAUAAACUUGUUAGGUACUUUUUUAGUUAUGUUAUCGAUUUCCUCUUCCGAGCCACUCGAGUCGUGUAAAUUUUUGAUAAACUGUCCUUCGUUAGGCCGAAUGCCUUGCUCCCGUAAUGCAGCCACCCUAGCUUCGAUGCCUUCCAAAUUUUGAGCGUGACGUAACUCGAUGUCCUUUUCAGUCAUGAACUGUUCCAGCAAUGUGUCCACUUUUUCCUGAUCCGUCCUUGUGUCCUUCACGAAUAACUUAAAAUAAAAACCAAGCAUAAGUUAUUAGCAUUUUGAAAGUUAAUUGAUUGCACGAAACUCAAAAGUAAAUACA